UGUUCACUUCGCAAAUCAUUUUUACAGUACAUUAAUAAUCCGUUUAGUGUUUUAAUUGCUUUUUUCGUUAAAGAUUACAUCGACUAGUCUAUAAUAUGGAGGCAGUACAAUACAAUAUGGACAAUAUGAACGAAUAUUAUCGAAUGGACAAUACGAAUGAACAUAAUCAUAUGGACAAUACAAAUGAACAUAAUCGAAUAGACAAUACGAAUGAACAUUAUCGAAUAGAUAAUACGAAUGGAUACAAUGGAAUAGACAACAUGGAAGCGAAAAUUCCAAGCUCUUUUUUGGACCAACAGACAUUCUACGGGAAUCCUAUAAAAGAAGAACGUGAGCCUACUAACACGCCUUACAUUACUAUAUAUUCGAUAAUACUCUUUAUUUGGCUUUACACUAUCAUCACAGUUAUAAAUUAUGACACAAUACCUCUAGAACAACUUAAUUUGACUCGUGAAAUAGACUUACUCACAAUCGAACAAAUGCAUCCAAGAUUCACUUGGAAGUUUCCACUAUGCACAAUUAUAGGUGGAUUAAUAACAGUUGCUUAUGUAUAUUUCUUGACACAAUCCAUAGGCAGAUAUAUCGUCUACGUUGGAAUGCUCUUAAUAUGUCUAACACUUCUGUUACUAAUAGGUGUAUUUGUAUUUGCAAGCCUAUAUUUAUAUGCUGGAGUAUUUGGAUCCAUCCUGAUAAUUAUACUUUUCGCUUUACUAUUAUUGAUUAUAGCCUAUUUCAUUAUUAGUUUUCGCUGUAUUCUUAACGUCGGAAAUGAAUCUAUAUUCGAAAUAAUCAGUGAUUCUUGUCGGGCACUGCGUUAUUGUCCUUCUAUUACAAUAUUUACAUGCGUCAUGUCGGUUAUCAUUAUUCUUAUUCUAACUUUCAUGGUUUACAUUACCAAAAUUAUCAUAUUUUCUAACUGCAGUGACAGUAUCUUUCGAUUUUAUGUUAUCAUUAACUUAUAUUGUGCUGUGACAUUAACAAAUUUCUUUACAAACUUCACUCAAAUAGUGAUUGCUGGAUACGUCAUUGAUUGGGUUUGGUUGAAAGAUCCUACUUUGAAUUCAUUGUCUAUCAGACACAGCUUUGAUAGAGCUUUCAAUUUUCACAUGGGAACAGUGGCUUUCUUUUCUAUUCCAUUAUUGCCGCAUAUAUGGUCGAUAUAUCUAGUUUGCAAAUCACACGACAGUGACAGCAACGCAGUCAAACAAUAUAAUUUUACAACUAGAUUCUUCAGUCAGCUUCGUGUAUUCAUGAAUGUAGUUGAUUUUGGCAUAAUCCAAACUCCAAUUUACGGAUACGAGUGCAGAACUGCAAUUCAGGCAGCCCAUGAUUUAGUAUCACAAAAUAAUCAUGAAAUUAAUUUAGCAGUGCUCCAGAUUUCUGACAUGGUUAUUGCUUUUGGAUCUUUUCUCAUAUCACUACCCUUUCGUAUAGAGCAUGUAAAUACUUCUAUAUACUCGUUGCUUAUUCCUUUUUAUAUAAUAUUGGCAACCGCUGUACGAACAUUGUUAGUAAAUAAAAUGAUAAACAAUUGUACUUCUGAGGACUUGACAAUACAAUACGGCAAUGUGCCUCAACAUGGCAGUAUUAUGAAAGAGUAAUAGAUAUUGUAUUUCGGAUGAAAAACAUCAAUAAGAUACAUUAUGGAAGCAACCGAAGAUUUUUUAAAUAAUUAAUCUGAUUAACUACAAUUAUUUGUAUCGAUCACGCUUAGUUUUACAUACAAACAUUAUUGUGUUAUAAAUGUAAUUGGAGUA